CCUCAUAUCAGGCUCUCACCUGCUAUAUACCUACAGUGGUGCUUCUACCGCAGCUGGGUCCGCAGUCAUCCACUGUACUGUCUGCAGUCUCUUGGUCAUCCCUGUACUGUCUGCAGUCUCUUGGUCAUCCCCUGUACUGUCUGCAGUCUCUGGUCAUCUCCUGUACUGUGUCCGCAGUCUCUGGUCAUCUCCUGUACUGUGUCCACAGUCUCUGGUAAUCUCCUGUACUAUGUCCGCAGUCUCUGGUCAUCCCUUGUACUAUGUCUGCAGUCUCUGGUCAUCUCCUGUACUAUGUCCGCAGUCUCUGGUCAUCUCCUGUGUACUAUGUCCGCAGUCUCUGGUCAUCUCCUGUACUAUGUCCGCAGUCUCUGGUUAUCUCCUGUACUAUGUCCGCAGUCUCUGGUCAUCUCCUGUACUGUCUGCAGUCUCUGGUCAUCUCCUGUACUAUGUCCGCAGUCUCUGGUCAUCUCCUGUACUGUCUGCAGUCUCUGGUCAUCUCCUGUACUAUGUCCGCAG